UCUCUCUGUAGUAAGAGGUGUCAUGCAGGAUCAAUGAAGAAAGUGAAGGAAGGAGAACCGUUUUGCUGCUAUGAUUGCAUCCCAUGCCCAGAGGGAAAGAUUUCAAUCCAGGAAGAUAUGAGUGACUGUGAUAAAUGCUCAGACAAAGACUAUCCAAGCAAGAACCGAGAUGCAUGUAUUCCCAAGGAUAUAAGCUUCUUGUCUUAUGAAGAACCUUUGGGCAUCAGUUUAGUCUGCUUUUCGCUUUCAUUUUCUCUGAUCACAACUCUGGUGCUGGGUACAUUUGUGAAGCACCAUGACACUCCCAUAGUCAUUGCAAACAACAGGAACCUCACCUACUCUCUCCUCAUUUCUCUACUUCUCUGCUUCCUUUGUGCACUGCUCUUCAUUGGCCAACCAGAGAAGCUGACCUGUCUCCUCCGACAAACCGCUUUUGGCAUCAUCUUCUCAGUGGCUGUUUCUUGUGUAUUGGCAAAAACCAUCACUGUGGUUCUGGCUUUCAUGGCCACCAAACCAGGAUCCAGAAUCAGGAGAUGGGUGGGGAAGGGACUGGCCAACACCAUUGUCCUUUCCUGUUCCUUUGUCCAGGCAGGGAUCUGUAUUGUGUGGCUAGCAACCUUUCCCCCAUUUCCAGAUGUAGACAAUUACUCAGUGGCUAAAGACAUUAUACUAGAAUGCAAUGAGGGGUCUGUGUUGAUGUUUUAUGUUGUUCUGAGCUAUAUGGGCUUCCUGGCAAUUAUUAGUUUCAUUGUUGCUUUCCUUGCCAGGAAAUUACCUGACAGCUUCAAUGAAGCCAAGUUCAUCAGUUUCAGCAUGUUGUUGUUUUGCAGUGUUUGGCUAUCCUUUAUUCCAUCGUACCUGAGCACCAAGGGGAAAUACAUGGUUGCUGUGGAGAUCUUCUCUAUCUUAGCCUCUGGUGCUGGACUGCUGGGUUGCAUCUUUUUCCCAAAAUGUUAUAUUAUUGUGUUCAGGCCUCAGCUGAACAACAGGGAGCAGCUAAUAAGGAAGUAA